GUCUGUUUGAUGCAUGUCUCAUGUAUUGUCUUGAAAGGAAAAUUCCCAUAAACUUUCCUGCAAUCAUGAUCAAACACUUAUCCACCUGUAUCCCCAAAUUCAAAAUUCCAUACUCCUCCCUUCUUACAGAAAUCUUCAAAAGCUUCUCAGUUGACCUUAGCCCAUACUUUGUGAUUCCCUUAAAAUCCACCCAAAUCCUUCAACUUGAAAUGCUCCAUCUAUUAAAUCUUAAAGUGGUUCAGGGUAAAGUCAUUAGGGCUGGAAAGGAAGAGAAACAAGAUGAGGAAGAUCAGGAAGGAACUGUAGUUAAAGAAGAAGUGGAGGAGGAGGAGGAACUCGAACAAAUAGAGGUCCCUUUACCUCGAGGGAACAGGAAGAGUGUAGGAAAAAGAAAGAGCAUGAGGGUGGCAAUGAAGGAGAACAAGAAAAGAGGGCCUGUCUUCAUGGAAAUAAAUGAGGAAGGGGAUGUCAAGGAGAUGCCCAUAGAGGAGGAUGCUGUUCCACUGAAUCAAGAGGAACUGCCUGAAACUGUUGGGCCUAGAAAAAGGACACCCAGAUCCUCCACAAAGUCCAAAGCUCGUCGUGUUUCAUCUGAACAGGAACAUGUUCAAGAUCAUGGGGGUGCCUGGAACACAAAGGAUGAUCAGAUAUUGGAGCUAAAGGCAACAGUUGCUCGUCUGGUGGAACUACAGGAGGGAACAGAUCACAGGAUUAGCUCAAUGCAGGCCCACAUAGGUGCAUUGGUUACAAGUGUCAAGACUCUCCAAAACGAUCUUCACCACUACUCAGAACAAGCCAAUGCAACUCGUGCCACAAUCCUCACCAAGAUCAACAAUCUGGAAUCUUUUGAGGAGACUGUGAUAGAAGAAACUGCUGGUUCUGGUUCCCCAUCCCAAGCCUAAAUCACCCUAUCCCAUGUUUCUUUUACCUUUUGCCAUGGAACAAUCUUUUUAAUUUGCUUUCGGUUUGUAUAAUUUUCAAACUUGGGUAUUUGUUCCAUCUUAUUUUGACUUGCUUGGUUACACAUAUCUGUGCUUUCUAGUCUUGAUCAUUACUGCUUGCUUUCAAUUUAUUGUAUGAGUUGGUUUAAUACUUUGAGGCUAGCUUAACUUGCCAAACGUUGAUCGUGGGGCACUGUGUUUGGAAUGGCUAUAUUUCGUGCUAUGCUUUUUGUUGAUGUCAACAGGGGGAAGUCAAGGGUGCAAACUUCCAAGGCACACUCAAUCCCAGUUCCUGCAUCAAUCUCUCUGAAUCUCUCUGUAAGGUAAAUGCCCAAGUUUCUAUUAGGAUAGGAACUUGAAUAAGCUGGUGAAGUUCCUGAUGUACACUUGGAACAGUCACUGGAGUUCCAGAGCUGGAAGUUGUAUCUGUUCCAGUUUGAAGUCACAAGAGGAGCAACACAGUUACAUAUCAAGAGUUCCGAAUAUCCACAAGAACUAUUACAGACUCAUAGCCAAGAGUUCCUGUAUUAGCAAGAGAGGAACUCAUCAAUGUUCCUUAGCUGGAACGUCUGAAGCUUCUGAGUUGCAAGUUCCAGACAAAGGGAAGACAUAAAGUCUAGGUAGUCUACUGUACUUAGAAUUUUAUGUAAAUAUUAAUUAUGCUAAUGGUAUAUAGAGUACUCAAGGAACUUGUGAUUUAAUUAGGUCAUUUAUUUUAUUGGAAGCAAUUUUUAUGGAAAACAUUUACAUAAAUAAAAAUAAGUUUUACAUAUUUAAUAUAAAAUAGAUUUACGUUUUAUUUUAUUUAAGCAAAACUUAUUUUCCUAAAAAUUCUCCUAAGUUUUUGUAAAUAAAUAAAAUCUGUUUUAAAGAUAUAUUUUAGGGUUUGAUUGAGUCAAACCACUAACUGUUUUAUGGCUGAACGUGGGAAGUGGUCUUCCCCUUGUUCCUCAAGUCAAGGGACGUGGAGACCAAAGUGCUGACAGUUAGCAGUUGAGGUUUUGAAGGGAACUAACCCUAAGGAUAAACACUAUAAAAGGGAAAUCGUUUUUGGUUUAAGGUACACAAACAUUCUGAGAGUUCUUGCUUUCCUAAAAACGUUUUGUCUAAGAUUUUCUAAAACAGUUUGUGUCCUAGUUAAUUCAAAGUUCCUAAGUUCCUUAUAUCCACACAAAAGCAUUAUUAAUAUCUAGAGUUAUCCAAACACGAAUUAUAUUUUGUAUUAGUAAGGAUAGAGUUAUCCUGUUUAGACUUAGAGUUUAAGUCUGAGAGAGAGAAGUUAAGGAGUUGUAAUCGAAGUAGAUUACUGUGAGGAACACGAGUUUGAGAGGAACUUGUGUUGGAGAGAUUAUUGUAAUCGAGGCAUUACCAUAAUAAAAGAAUUCUCUUCUUGAUUAGUAUCAAGAAGUUUUCACAAUUGUUGUUAUUGUCUUCUCUAUUCUCAGUUCCUUGAUUGUUUCUUAAGUUCCGCAAGAAACUUUAUCAAAGUUCUAAUUACAAUU